GUUAAGUACGACAGCUCAGCUCGGUCCGUCCUCAGCGCUUSGAUAAUCUAAAAAUAGUCACAUUUUUCUGGUUUCUACCUUAAGUGCGAUUUCAAAGUGAUACUGAAAAAAAUAAGUUCGUUUUAAAUAGUGCAGACAUGUCUUCAUCUAAGACAACCAAGUCAUACAGUUACCGAUCUGUAGGAGGCGGAAAUGCUGACAUAAAUAUUGACUAUUCUCACGACCUAAGCGCUUUAUCUCGACUUGAAGAUAAGAUCAGACUUCUGCAAGAAGACUUAGAAUCGGAACGCGAACUCCGACAACGCGUAAGUACAUAUUUUGACAUCAACAGAACAGUGUAAUUUGCUAUUUAACCAUCGCAAAGACAUUACUUUAAU